GCGCAGCGCGGUACCGCAGUGCCCGGCCCGGCGGGGUGAAGCGGAGCGGCAAGCCGGGGGGAGCCAGUCCGCGCCUGACACAGGGGAAGACGAUGAAGCUGUAGAGAUGCUUCCCUACGUGAUCGCCACCCUGGGCUCAGCAGGGGCCUCCUGCAAAGCCUCCACAUGCAACAACAGCACCAAGGACUACUGCUACAGUGCCCGCAUUCGCAGCACUGUGCUGCAGGGGCUACCCUUUGGUGGGGUGCCCACCGUCCUAGCCCUCGACUUUAUGUGCUUUCUCGCACUGUUGUUUGUCUUUUCAAUUUUGCGUAAAGUUGCUUGGGACUACGGACGCCUGGCCCUGGUGACUGAUGCUGACAGGCGCCGACGCUGGCAGACAGAGCGAGAGGAGCGGGAAUACGUAGCCUCCGCCCUGCACUCUGACAACCAUGACCGCUACGAGCGCCUCACCUCCGUCUCCAGCUCUGUGGACUUCGACCAGAGGGACAACGGUUUCUGCUCCUGGCUGACAGCCAUCUUCAGGAUAAAGGAUGAUGAGAUUCGGGACAAGUGCGGGGGUGAUGCGGUGCACUACCUGUCCUUCCAGAGGCACAUCAUCGGGCUGCUGGUGGCUGUGGGUGUGCUCUCUGUGGGCAUUGUGCUACCUGUCAACUUCUCAGGGGACCUACUAGAAAACAAUGCCUACAGCUUUGGGAGGACAACUAUCGCUAACCUGAAUUCUGGGAAUAACCUGCUAUGGCUGCACACAUCUUUUGCCUUCCUGUACCUGCUGCUGACAGUGUACAGCAUGCGCCGUCACACCUCCAAGAUGCGCUACAAAGAGGAUGACUUGGUUAAGCGAACUCUCUUCAUCAAUGGGAUCUCAAAAUAUGCUGAGCCAGAGAAGAUCAAGAAGCAUUUUGAGGAGGCCUACGCCAACUGUACCGUCCUGGAGGCCCGUCCCUGCUAUGAUGUGGCCCGGCUGAUGUUCCUCGACGCAGAGAGGAAGAAAGCUGAGCGUGGGCGAAUCUACUUCACCAACCUGCAGAGCAAAGACAGCACUCCAUCCAUGAUCAACCCCAAGCCCUGUGGCCACCUGUGUUGCUGUGUCAUCAGGGGCUGCGAGGAGGUGGAGGCCAUCGAGUACUAUACCAAGCUGGAGGAGAAGCUCAAAGAUGAUUACAAGCGGGAGAAGGAGAAGGUGAAUGAAAAGCCUCUGGGGAUGGCCUUUGUCACCUUCCACAAUGAGACCAUCACAGCCAUAAUCCUCAAAGAUUUCAACGCCUGUAAGUGCCAGGGCUGUGCAUGCCAUGGGGAGCCCAGGGCCUCCUCCUGCAGUGAGUCCCUCCACGUCUCCAACUGGACAGUCAGCUAUGCCCCUGACCCACAGAACAUCUACUGGGAACACCUCUCCAUCCGGGGCUUCAUCUGGUGGAUCCGCUGCCUUGUGAUCAAUGUGGUCCUCUUCAUCCUCCUCUUCUUCCUCACCACCCCUGCUAUCAUCAUCACCACUAUGGACAAGUUCAAUGUCACCAAGCCUGUGGAGUACCUCAAUAACCCCAUCAUCACCCAAUUCUUCCCCACCCUGCUGCUCUGGUGCUUCUCUGCUCUGCUGCCCACCAUUGUGUAUUACUCUGCCUUCUUUGAAGCGCACUGGACCAGGUCUGGAGAGAACAGGACGACCAUGCACAAGUGUUACACCUUCCUCAUCUUCAUGGUCUUGCUGCUCCCAUCAUUGGGCCUGAGCAGCUUGGAUGUGUUUUUCCGCUGGUUGUUUGACAAAAAAUUCCUCGCUGAAGCUGCUGUGCGAUUUGAGUGUGUGUUCCUGCCAGACAAUGGGGCCUUCUUCGUCAACUAUGUCAUCGCCUCCGCCUUCAUCGGGAAUGCCAUGGACCUGCUGCGCAUCCCCGGCUUGCUAAUGUACAUGAUACGCCUCUGCCUGGCCCGCUCAGCCGCCGAGCGGAGGAAUGUCAAACGACACCAGGCCUAUGAGUUCCAGUUUGGGGCUGCUUACGCCUGGAUGAUGUGCGUCUUCACUGUGGUCAUGACGUACAGCAUCACCUGCCCCAUCAUUGUCCCGUUUGGGCUCAUGUACAUGCUGCUUAAGCACCUGGUGGACCGAUACAACCUGUAUUAUGCUUACUUGCCUGCCAAACUGGACAAGAAGAUCCAUUCGGGGGCUGUGAACCAGGUGGUGGCAGCCCCCAUCCUCUGCCUCUUCUGGCUUCUCUUCUUCUCCACCAUGCGCACAGGCUUCCUGGCCCCCACUUCCAUGUUCACCUUUGUGGUCCUCGUGAUCACCAUUGUGAUCUGCCUGUGUCACGUCUGCUUCGGGCACUUCAAAUACCUCAGCGCUCACAACUACAAGAUUGACCACACGGAGGUGGACACCAUAGAAAACAGGCAGAACGGGAGACCUGCCACCAGUCUGCCAGCUCCCAAAUCAGCUAAGUACAUCGCCCAAGUGCUGCAGGACUCCUCGCCUGAGGGUGAAGCAACAGAAUCGGAGGAGCAGGGGUCGCAGGACGAGGAGCUCAUCAACGCAGAUGGCAUGAACGACACGGAUUUCCAGUCAUGUGAGGACAGCCUGAUAGAGAACGAGAUCCACCAGUAGGGACCUCGGAAGGCAGGAGGGGAAGGAGGCCCAGGAGUGGGGCAGGCUGUGCGCAUGGAGACGUAGGGAGAGGCACCCAAGGGUGCUGGCCAUUGCCCUCGCCUGCCCACCCCCCAGGGCUGCUGCCUUCAGUGAGGGCAGGGGCCCUGCCACAAGCUCUCCAUUUCCCUGCUCGUCCAGCAGCUCAGCAGGCAUGCUCCUUACUAGCUACCUUUUAAUGUGUCCCUGGACCCCAAAACCCUGGGGGCUGGGGAGGAGGGGGGCUGUGACCCCUGUGGUGCUGCUCUGGACCUGCAGGGAGGAGGAAGGCUGGGUGCUUUGUGGGGAGCAAGAGGGCGCAAGGGGAACCUUUGGGGUCUUCUCAGCAGGCCCCUCUGUCCCCUGUCCUCCUGGCGAGAAACACUAAUAAUUUAUUAGAUUUACAGGAAGGUGAUAAAAUGCUUUAGUCAGUGUAUUGGAAGCCCCACCUAGGGAGGGGGGGUGGCUUUUGUUGCACCUUCUCCCCAUGCCUGCCCUUUCUCAACCCCUUGCAGCAUCCACUUGGUGUGACGUGCCAGGAGCUGGGCCAGGCACCAAGGGCUGGUGACAGAGACUUCCCCCCCCACCCCACCCCGGCAAAGGUGACAGCCUGGCCUUGUGGUCAGGGGUGGCAUCAAACUGGGAAGGGGCAUGGGGUUGGCAUGAGCUGGGCAGCCCCUCACAGGGUGAGGGGUGCUGAGGGCAUUUCUCAUGGGCAGGAGGGAGGCGCAGGCAGCCUCUCCCCCAGGUCCUGUGCCCUCUUCCCCCAGGGGCACAGGCAGGGAAUUGCAGCAUCAUUUUAAGUGGCUUUUUUUUUUUUUUUUUUUUUUGCACAUUGUACUCCACUUUCAAACAAAAGUCAACUUGACCCCCAUGUGGUACUGUGACCUGACCCCCUUUGCUGCCCUGUGUCUGCACAGCAGGGUCAGGCCCAGGGAUGGGGGUGGCUGUGCUGGGGGUCUCUUGGGUGCUAGGGAGAGGGGAGAAAGGGUACUGGACUGCAGGCCCUUGGCACCCUGCAGGAUCAGUGCUGCCUGGUUGUGAUGGGGCCCAUGGGCUGCCUUCCUUGAGCUGCUUCAGGGUUGUCCCCCAGCUGAGGCAGUCGGGGAGCGAGGGAGCCCUGGGAGAGCAGCCCCUGGGAGCCCUCUCCAAGCAAGCCCACCAUCUUCAGGAGCACAGAAGCCUCGUGGAGCUGUGCUGGCUUUCUUCACCUGCCCUGACUGAGUGUAGGCUCCCCCAGCAUCACUCAGCCUGAGAGAGGGGGCUGUUCUUCCCCUCCCUCUGCCCUUGCCCCCUCUCUGGUAAUAGCUGUGUUCCAGAGGCAGUGAGGGGAUAGGUUGGAUGGGAGAGGUGGACUGGAGCCCCUGGCAUCCACAGGGAGGUCUGACCUUGUUUGAAGGCUUUUUGUGAGGAGGUCUCUAGUCAAGAUCAGUUGCCCUCAAUUGCUUCCCCCCUCCCCUUGUGUAAAAUGUAAAGGAAAAUAAUAAAUCUCCCUGCUAUUGAGCUAUAUUUAUUUCCCUCAACUCCUUGCCACCAUCCUGUUUGGUGCUCAUUGCAGACACUACCACCCUCUCUUUGCCUAUCAUCUGCAGGUGCUGCUCUGGCUCACUGGGGCCGUGCCCUCUAGGGUCUGAUGGGGCCGGGUAGAAAGGGGCAGUCAUUUACCUUUUCAAUCACCUGUGCUGGCCCUGGAGCUCCAAGCACUUUAAUAGACCUGAACAAGUGAAGUGUCAGCCCUGCCCAGCUCCGCUGUGCGGUCGGGCGGUCGCAUCCCAUGGCUUUUCUCUCCCUCACCCCCUAUUAGAGGAGGGGAGCCAGAGACACAGAGCGGGUGGGAGGGGCUACUCUGAGGAUGACAUAGCUGACUUUCCUGUACACCUCUCUAUAGGAAUCCCAGGCCCAGAGGAAAGGGGGGACGGGGGGGAAGAGAUGUGGGUCUGAUGCAUGGGGAGGGCAGGCCACCCCAGCUCCCAGGGCUCAGCCAGAGCUGGAGUGCAUGCGGGUGCGGAGGGGCAUGCUAAGUGUCACCCUGUCCCCUCCAGGGAUGGGCUAGAAAUGAAAUGAGCAUGUGAGCUGAGAGCUCCUGGUCCCCUCCCAGGCUGGGGUGAGGAGAAUGUUGAUCCUGCUUCCCUAUUCUUGCACCCACCUACUGCCCUUGCCCCCGGUCCAGCAGGCGGGCUGGGAUAUUCCAGUCUCUGUAGGUAUGGCUGUAGCCCAGGACUCUCUUUGUGGCUGUCAGGGCUCUGCCCGCAGAGAGCUGUGUGUUCCGAGCGGCACUGUCUGUGUAGAGAUGUGUAUAAUACCCUGUAUAUAUUUGUGUACAAAAGUAAAAAGGAAAAAAAGGA